GCGUCUUAAUCCUAACCUGACGUUAGUCCCGGUGAUUCUCCGUUAACCCGGUAUUUACCGGCUCACCUCCGUCCUCGGGGGCCGGGUCUGCUCCACCACCGCGGGUUCGUGUCGUUAAAACUUCAGAGGAGCGUUUUGUUGUGAAGCUUGAACACGAUCUCAGAUACGUGACGUUGUCUCACGUACGGAGACGGUGGCGCCAAAAUGGCUCUGAAAUAAGACUGACCGAAUCUUUAGAGCGGUUAAAGUCGAGUAAAAAACACGAAAGUACAACAAUAAGAACGGAUAACGAUGGCAGGAUAGGUACAUUUAAUAUCGGCAUACAUGUCACAGAGGAAUGAGAGUGUUUAAGAGCACAAAUUAAACUUUUCUUCAGUGUUUGACCUCUCUUUCCGGUGAUUUCUACCCACUAACAUUUCCUCUAAAACUCGGUAAUAAACCGGUAAAAUGUUCAGAUCUUUAACAAAUGAAAAUUCAAGGGAAACCUCCGACUAACGGCUGUGUUUGGAGACGAUGGCUGUGAUGGAGUUCGUAGUAAUAUCGAUAAACAAAGAGGAAAAAGAUGGCGAGUUUUGAAUGGAGUUUGGUUUACAGCUCCCCAGCACGUACCCGGGCAGGGCUUCCUGCAGCGUCACUCCACACAAGGAAGCCCGCUCAACCAAUAGGAUCGCACCACUGCUGGGAACAAACAGCGCGAGGCCAAUAAGAAUACCAGUUGGCGGGCUUUUCUUCAAACUUAGCUCUGAUUGGACGAUUAUCCAGCAGAUGGCGUCAUUUCCCUUGUGGCGCCGUGUUCGUAUCGCCCAACAGCAGAGCCAGGAGAGGUAUGUCCAAUCACAAUCGAGGAAUCACUCAGCCAAUGGAAAUUCCGAAUUUCGACCACCGCUGUCACCGCAGCCAAUCAGAGGCCGGGAAACAGAGCUCGGGGCUCAACAGCUUGUUGUUCGUGUAUCGCUUUGCAGUCGACCGAGAGGGGAAGCAGCGACGUCCGUGAAUAGACCCGGAUCCUUCCGAGCUGGACUCCCUCAAAUAACCGAAGAGAUGAAGGCAGCAGACGAGCCUGCCUACCUGACAGUGGGGACGGAUGUCAGCGCCAAGUACAGAGGAGCCUUCUGCGAGGCCAAGAUCAAGACUGUGAAGCGCAUGGUGAAGGUGAAGGUGACUCUGAAAGGUGAGAGCACGUCCCAGGUGGUCCAGGACGACCAGGUCAAAGGCCCUUUAAGGGUGGGCUCUACGGUGGAGGUGAAGACCAACGAGGGUCUGUCCAGCGAGGCCAUCAUCAGUAAGCUGACAGACGCCAGCCUCUACACUGUGGUGUUCGAUGACGGAGAUGAGAAGACGCUCCGUCGGACGUCCCUGUGCCUGAAAGGAGAGAGACAUUUUGCAGAGAGUGAGACUUUGGACCAGCUCCCCCUGACCAACCCGGAGCAUUUUGGCACACCGGUCAUUGGCAAGAAGACGAACCGUGGAGGACGGCGUUCGUCCCAGGCUGUCGCUGACGAGGAGAACGAGUCUUCGUCCAGCGAGGAUGAGGAGGAGGACAGGAGGAGGCUGAACGACGAGCUGUUGGGGAAAGUCACCAGCAUCGAGAACGAAGAAGAUCCCAGCAGCUGGUACCUGGCUCUGGUGGUGUCUCCAAGCUGUAACGAUGAGCUGGUGGUGAAGAAGGACCAGUGCCUGGUUCGCUCCUUCAGCGACUCCAAGUUCUACGUGGUUAUGAGGAGACACGUCAACACCGUCACCGCCUCCAAUAUCACCAGGGCUGAUUACUGCAACAGGAAAGGUUUUGAAGCAGCCCAGAUGUUUCUGAGGAGCAGGGAGGUUCCACAUGUGUGGAAGAUGGACAUGAGUCAGAUCCUGGACUCCUCCUCCAGCGAUGAUGAUGAUGAAGACGAGGAGGAGAAAGAGAGUGAUGAGGAGGAGGAAGAUGAAGAAGAGAAGAAAAAGAAGAAGCGCAUAAAAGAAGAGCCCGAGGAGGAGCCGGAUCCAGAGGAGAGGGAUCACUUCCUGCAGCAGCUCUACAAGUUCAUGGAGGACAGAGGCACCCCGAUCAACAAGCCGCCCGUGCUGGGUUAUAAAGACCUGAACCUGUUCAAACUCUUCAGACUGGUCUAUCAGCAGGGAGGCUGCCAUAAGAUUGAGUCAGGUACCGUAUGGAAGCAGGUCUACAUGGAUCUGGGGAUCCCCAUCCUGAACUCUGCAGCGUCCUACAACGUGAAGACGGCCUACAAGAAGUACCUGUACGGUUUUGAGGAGUACUGUCGCUCUGCCACCAUCACCUUCAGGACCAUCCAUCACAACAACCCCCGCCCUCCUACCAAUCCAGCCAAUCAGAGGCCGGUGGAGCUUAAAGAGACCUGCACGCCGCCGGUGAAAGUGGAGCCUGCGGAUGACAAGAUGGAGGAGGCGGCGUCAGAGAGUGAGAGCGAGAAGGAGGAGGCUAAAGAGAGACAGAUGUCCCCGAGGGGGAGGAGGAGGUGCUCAGGGCUCCCACUGAAGACGGACAGGGAGUCUCCAUCCAGACCAGAGAAGAGAGGAGGAGGAGGAGAUAAUGGAGCGGAGGAGCAGAGGGAGAUGAGGAGACGCAGCCACAGGAGAAUGGAGGACUCAGAGAGAGGCUCUGAGGAAGAAGAGGAGGAUGAUGAUGAUGAAGAAGAGGAGGAGGAAGAGGGGGAAAGGAGGAGAGACAGGGCUGAGGGGGAGGAGGACGAGGACUCCCUGGCAGGGACGAAGGUCAGGGUGAAGUACGGCAGAGGAAAGACACAGAAGAUCUACGAGGCUCACAUCAAGAAGACUGACGUGGAUAACGGAGAACAGUUCUACCUGGUCCAUUACUACGGCUGGAACGUCAGGUACGAUGAGUGGGUCAAAGCCGAUCGGAUCAUCUGGCCCGUCGAGAAAGGGACAAAGAAGAAACAGAGGAAGAAGGGGAAGACCAAGGAGAAGGAGGAGUCAGAGAAGGAACGUGACGAGGAGAAGGCAGUGCUGAAGCCCACAGGAGCAAAGAGGGGCCGUCCUCAGACCAGGACGCCGCCCACCGGACCCUCAGGACGCAGCGUCUCUAAAACACCCAGCAACGAAGGACGCUCCAACGGCAGGAACAGGACAGAGACGACGUCCAGCAUGUCCAAUGGAGACAACACUCCUCGCAGGAGAACACGGAGAACGUCAGGGAUGUACGACUCAGACCGGGCGUCCAAUGAGGAUUCUGGGAACUCAUCAGACGACAGCGAAUCAGAAGACCCUCCUGACAAGAAGCCGUCGCCAUGGAGAGGGAGGGUCGAUGCCCCCCCCAGUCAGCAGGAGGAGGAGGAAGAGGAGGAGGAGGGUGAUGAGGAGAGGACUGAAAACUCCGUCAGUACCAAAACCGCUGACAAUGAAGAGACCGCGGCAACAACUGCUCAGCCUCCUGUUGCCUCAGAGCCUCCAUGUCCCAGCAUGCCUCAGGAGAAGACUGACAGGCCUCUGAGCCAAUCAGAGAAGGAGGAGGAGCCUGCAGUCGAAGCAGCAGAGUUACCUGUUCAGUUAGAGAAGGAGGAGAAAACAAGACCACAGGACGGAGCCGCCAGGACGCCACCUGUCCAGGACAGGAACAGGACAUCACCAGGACAGGAAGUGGUUGCUAAGACCUCACCAGGACAGGAAGUAGGCCUCAAGAUGCCUAAUGUCCACGACAGGAGUAAGACAUCACUAGGACAGGAAGUGGGUGCCAAAACACCAUCUGUGGUCGACAGGAGACAGGAAGUGGUUGCCAAGACGCCAUCCGUCCAUGACAGGAGUAAGAUGUCACCAGGACAGGAGGUAGUCACUAAGACGCCGCCCCGGAGGGCGUCACCACUUUCCGACAGGACCGCUAAGACGUCCACGCCCACUGCCACAGACAAACUCAAAGCUUCUCCAGAGAAGGCGGCAGACGAGGACAGGUCGACACCUCUGUCUUCCCCUAGGGUCAAAGGUCGCAGGGCCGCCCUCAGAGAGGCAGGCUCUGAAACUCCUCCCACAACGCCACAACGCACUCCCAGCCCUGCCACCACUGCUAGUCCUGCCCACAUGGCACUGAUGUCGUCUCCUCCCCGUGGCGUCCUGAAGAGACAGGACGAGCCAAUGGUCGUCCUCCACUGCCUCCCGUCACAGCGACUCCCCCCCGACACGCCCACCGCCGACUCAGAUACUGACUCCGCCUCUGAGGAGGAGGGGCUCACUGAGGAGAGAAGUGGCUCGACAUUGAAGCGUAAAGCAGCUGAGCAAAGAUUGGUGGAGAAGAAGCUCCGCCCUGAACGCAGACAGGAAGAGGCUGCCUCCCCUAAAACCCCACCUGCCCCGUCCAAGAUGGCUGCUGGCGCCUCCCCCAAGACCCUCCCCUCACCCCUCCGUAGGGGCGAGACAGAAAGGAGGAGUCAGAAGAUGGAGGAGUGGCCUCGCCCACCUGAGGAGACUCUGAGGGAGGGCGGUGCCACAAAGGAGGCAGAGCUCCCAGCUGGGGCCCCAGCCCCUCCUCUGGAGGCCCAUGACCCGACCCCCUGUGAGGAGGCGGAGCCUCAGAUGGGCCCUGAAGCACUGGUCUGUCAUGAGGUCGACCUGGACGACCCUGACGAUCGGGACAAGCCGUCUCCGCCCCCAGAGCACCUCCUCUUGAUGAUGACACAGGCCCCUCCACCUCUCAUUAACUCCUCCCCUCUCAUAAACUCCGCCCCACUCCUCUCCCAGACUCAGGUCCCACCCUUCUUAACUGCUGCUGCUCAAAACCCCGCCCCCUGCCCUGACGAGCUCCACCAAACCAGGAGCGCCGCAGAGGAGGAGCGAGGAGGAGGGAGGGCGGAGCAUGAGGGAGAUUCCAGCCCUGGGUUUGAUGGCUCCGCCUCAUCCUCCUCCACCGCCACCGCCACGUCCACCGCUGCCUCGCUGCUGUCUCUGCAGGACGCCAAGGACAGAGGUCAGAAGAGGGUGAUGGAUGUGAACUCCAGCCCAACGGCCAAGAAACACAAACGAAACCAGAAACGACCGCACACGCCUGGGAAGGCUGACAAGAACGGAGCAGGUCACAGCAGCGACAGUGAGGACCAGUCCCGGGUCUCGUCUCUGCCCCAGAAGUCUCAGAAGUCUCGCUGUCCCGGCCUGUCGUCUCCGUCCUCUCACAGCAAAGACAAACACAACUUCUCUCCUCAGAGGACGUACAAGUGGACCUUCCAGCUCGAUGAACUGGACUCCAUGUCCAGCACUGAGAGGAUCUCCUUCCUCCAGGAGAAGCUGCAGGAGAUCAGGAAGUACUACAUGACGCUGAAGUCAGAGGUGGCGUCCAUUGACCGCCGCAGAAAGAGAUUAAAGAAGAAGGAAAGAGAAGUCUCCAACACCACAGCCUCCACCUCUUCAGGGUCCUCAGACACCGGGAUGAGUCCUUCGUCGGCCUCGCCCACUCAGAACACUGUCGCCGUGGAGUGUAGGUGAUGACACGCCCACCAAGGACCCACCCACCUUCAGUCCCGCCCCUGUCUCACCACAGACUCAACCCACUCAGCCAGCUCUGACGCCUUGAUUGGUUGAACCCUGGUCCAGGUCAGAGACUGAGCCCAGACUGAC